AUGGCAUUUCCGCGCUGGAUGCCUCAGCUUUGCCUCGUGAUUGGAUUGGCUGCUGUGGUAUUCAUGGCUCGUGCUGGAAGCACUGGUAUUGUGCACUCGACUGUGUCGGCGUCUGCCACAGUCCAUGCAGCCUCUGUCUCGAGCGUAGUGAAGGACCCGGACAGUUACGAGGCUUUGGUUUUCCGGCCGCAAGAGGGGCCGGGGGAGAAUCUUCCGCUUCUGCUCUAUCUCCAUGGGGCCGGUGAGAUGCAUGGGAGCCUUCAUGAGAUCAUCUCGGAGGGAGCAACUGGCACACCUCCGGUGGAACUGACAUAUGCACGCGCUCCGAAGAUCUUGUCACGUUUCGUGGUGGUGGCACCCCACACGGCAGAGGGCUGGAGCGUGCAGCGGGUCGUGAAGUUCUUGGACUUCUUAUUGAGAUCCGACUUGGAUCUGGAUCCAGCCAGGUUGUAUGUCACCGGACAUUCGAUGGGUGGCGCGGGAGCUUUGCUUGCCGCGACGAGCCGCCGCUUUGCAGCUGUGGUCCCGGUUGCUGCUUCCGCCGCACCUCCGGCGGAGAAGCUUAGAGGAGUGCCGAUUUGGGCUUUUCAUGGCAAGAAUGAUGUGAUCGUGCCGAGCUACAUCACAUCCGAGCUUAUUCAAGCUCUGUGGCGAAACGGGGCCAGUCAGGAAGACGUCAAAGUCACGCUCUAUGACAAUGCACCCGCGCCUCACGGCUGGCCUGAUUACUUCGGGCAUGCCAGCACGAUCCCAGCUUACGCUGAAACGGAUCUUUACGAGUGGCUGUUGCAGCAGCAGCUGCCUGCGGGACAGCUUUGA